UUUGGGUUUACAAAAUGGAUUUAAGUAAGUCAAUCAAUAUUAUCGCUAUGCUUUUAGCUACAUGUUAUGGUAAAUUGUCAUUUUGAAUCACAUCUUGAAAAGUCGCUUCUUGAAGUCCAUAUUAUAAAAUUAGUUUACAGAUUGCGCCAAUUAAAAUGACCGCCGAGACUUAAAAGUGGCGAGAAAAUGGAUCGUAUGUCAAUCAUUCUUCACUAUUUUCAUCAUUUCGAUAAUUCACUGUGACCGUAUCUUGUUACAAUACAACUAAAGGCUACCAUGCAGUUGCACUGCAUUACUCUGUGGCUGUGAAACAGUCCAUGCAGAUGCAUACAAAGGAUGGUCUUCUGAACUUCAUUCUACAUACAAUCAACUUCUCGAAUAUGAAAGUUUUUUGCGUUUGUUUCCUGUAGAGGUUGCUAACUCUAUAGCCACCAGUACUGUAAUGAGUGUGAAGUGUGAUUGUUCAUGUACUCUUCUGUCAUCGUCUGGUGAUGUAGUACCUGCCAAUACUGAUGCAACACAUGAUGGUUCUGUUUCUCAUCGAAGCGAAUCUAUAUCUCUUCCCCAAAAUGUUUCUUCAGCACCGAAUCCGCGUUCAUCUUUUUCUGGUCAAACUUCCGUAGUACGUUUUGAUUCUCCAGAUGAACUGCGUUGGGUUAUGCACGCCAUCACUUACGGACUGACUAUGUCAUCUGAAAAUUGGGACGUCAUCAAACACAGUGCACAUAUUUACUGCUAUUGGAUCAAAUGUCUUAAUUCUUCAAUGCGCUCCACACAAUCAGGGAAUUCGAACUCACCAAUUCCGUUGAUUCUACAAAAGGAGCCACAACGUUUCUUAAAAUCCCUUUUGUUCUCCCUUACUUAUUAUUUCCUUCCACGUGAUCCAGAACCAUUAAGUGAUCAGCCUAAGUUAAUGUUUUCAACCCUUGGUCGAAGUUUAGCACCUCCACAGUAUUCGACUAGUGCCGACUCAUCAGAAGCUCCAUCUUCUUUUACAGUGAUCGAGUCAACACACUUAUCAGCGUUGCUAAAUAAGCAGUUAGACAUUAUAAAACUGGUGGCUGCUGCAGUCGAAGAAUUAUGCUCAGUACCGACUCAGUUAACAUCUGACUCCUGGGAAUGUAUAUUGCGGUUUUGUCUGAUCAUAUGUCAUGCUAUUCUGUCACCACCUUUACAUUUACCAUCAGGAUUACUCCAGUCAUCUACUGGGGCUUCUCAGAUGACCAAUACUUUUAUUUCGGGAUCAGGAUCUGUUGGUGGACCUAAUUCUAUGGCUCUUUUGUCAAAUCAUUCCAGUUCUUCAGAUGCUAGGGGCACCAAGGAUUCAGCUACCUUAUUUGACGUCAUAUCAGACUGCGUUUCCAACUUACUAUUCAGUACUUGGUUAAAAGCUUGUACUCAUUGUUUUCCUAAACCACAACUCUGGGUCGCAUUUAGAGAGUGCGCAAGAGUAUGGCGACAUCAUAAUGCGUUUAUUAAACAGUGGUCUCGUGUUUCCGUGGCACUAUCCGCUACUUUACUUGGUAUACUAAAUAAACCUACUAACUUAAACGCUUAUGCUUCUUUCAUUCAAUUAAUUCCAUCUGAUCUACCUGAUGGAAAUGCGAAAGAAUCUUGGAUUCGUAUGUUAUAUUUGAUCGACAAUCCAGUAGAUCUUAGUCAUGAACGUUUAAUAUGUAAUACACCGAUUUUUGAAGAAUAUAAGAAAUACAAUUGCAAUGAUAGAAUUCGAUGGACAUCUGUUUAUUUCCCUUAUCUAUAUCAUCAAGCCCUACGUGGUCUGUCAAUGAUCGUGGAUGGAUUUUUGGGUAUUCAGCCAAGUCUUACAGUUGGUAUUGAUCCAUUUGUUGGUGUAAUUCCAGAACUUUAUGGUCCUAUCGGUCGAUUAUUUCAAAGUUACCCUUCAUUUCAUAUGUACACAGAUACACAAAGCGUGAACAAUGAUGAUGAAGUCAGGAAAGCCCUUAUGACGGGUUUUUCAAAUAUUCAAGGUGGAACACGAUUGGCUGCUGGUAGUUUUUCUACAGAAAAAGCAACUAGAAAAUCUAGAUUAGCAAGCGUCGUCACGUCUGCUGGUAUUCUUGCUUCCGCUGGAACUUCUGGAGUCACAAACUCCAGUUCACAAGCAUCUUUGCAGUUAUCAAAUGCUUCAACAAGUGGACAGUCAGUUAAUCAAAAAUUAGGAAAUAUUCCACCUAUAUUGUCUUUAGUUAAUAGAAAUCUGCAGGUCGACCAUUUACAGAAUUUAGCUACAAAUUGGUUAUCAACCUAUUCUCAAAUUAUCUUAAAUCCUCAAAGACCAGAAAUAAACUCAUUGUUACAACUAUUUGGUGCUUGGCUUUUUGAAGCAUCAGUAUCAGGAGUUAAACAAGAUUUAAGUGUUACUGUGAUCAGUCAUCGAGCUACAUUAAUUGAUAGUAAUCGUUUUCUAGUUGGUCGUGCUGAAGCUCUUGGAAUACUAUGUCGAAUAAUGAUCUACGCUCAACGUGGUCGUUUAGCAGAGGAAUAUCUUGCACGAUUUUAUUUAUGUCUUUAUUAUGCAUUGGUUGUUAAAAAUGAUUAUAUUUUAUGUUUAGUGUUAUUCUAUUCAAUUGAUUUACUUCGUGUUGAUUUACCCGGUAUCAAUAUUUUGAUACCACGUAUAUAUGGUGCUUGUCAGCAUGUUUUAAAAGAAGAAAUUAACAUGAAACCUGAAUUUUUAUCACCAACCUUGGUUCAACGUGCAGCUAUACAUCAGCUUAUGUCAAUGGUAUGUAUUCCUAUUCAAUUUAAAGGCGCACAUUUAAAACCUUUGAUUCCUUUGAUGUCUAAUGAUGAUAAUCCAUGUUCAUUGAAUGAUAUAAAAAAUAUGAUGGUUAAUAUUUUAUGUGAUACGUUGAGUAGUACAGAAGAUCCGGUAAAUUUUCAAUUGUUAUUAAGUGUGGCGUUGGCUUUAAUUGAAGACAUGUCAGCUGAUGAGAUGCAGUCAUCUAAUAUUCGAACCGACCCUGGCAAAUCUCACACAACAUCUAGUUUCUUCAAUAUUCUGACACCACUGCUUUGUGGUAAUUUAGUAUAUAAGUGGAAAAAUGAUUCGUCAGUUAUGCUUUAUUUAUUAGAAAUUAUCUCUGGUUUAUCUAGUGUACAUGUUACACCAGUUGAUCCAUCUACUUAUAGACAUACCGUCCGAUCAAUAUGUGAAUUUAUUACAAAUCAAUGUAACCGUGAAAAAAAAGACCAUAAAAGGCAGCUACAUAGUAUUAUUGUUGCUGCGUAUUAUUGUUUAUCUUCAUGGAUUGUACAGCAUGUGAACUUAUUAUUAUCUGAUCGAGAAUGUGUAUGGACUAUAUUAGAAACAAUUGAAUUGGGUAUUUGUGGUGCUAAGUCUUCAAAUAAACAGGCAAAAAAUGAGCCCCCUACUACUAUUCUCAAAGGUCAAAAACCUUUAGUUCCAUCCUCAAAACGUGUUUGUGAUGCAGCUGAGGCUUGUCUGUCAAAUUUAAUGUCAGUAGCUGGAUCUUUUCCUGGACCAUUCGGGACCGAUACAACAUGUUCUCAAUUAGCAGAAGAUAACAUUUUGAAAUUGAUUAUGGAUGAAGAGUCGAAUUCAUCUAAGGGUCGGUCAGAAUUUCACUAUUUCUGGUCCGAACCCAAUUUAAUAAUUGGAUUGUGCGAAUUCCCUACGAACUCGUUUAAGUCAACCAUAAAACCAAAAAUUGAUUGUUCAAAAGAUGGACCAGCUGCAAUUUUAAUUAUUCGAGGACCAUUUGGACGUCAUGUUUGGAUAACACAUAUGCGUCUUUCACCAUUGUUGGGAAACGACUCAAAUUCUCAGUCAAAUUAUUCGGAUCACAAACAAGAAGUAGUAAUUAAUCGUCCUAAACCUUGGGGUUGUUUUCUUGACAGACUUAUCACCACAGUAACCAACAAUGAAAAUGUUCCUGCUUUAAAUUUUCCACAAUCGAUAUCCGAUAUUUCACUUGUUGAAGCUGAUCAUAUAAUACCUUCGCUGGAUGAAGUUGGUAGUGAAUUUGGAAGUAAUGUUAGACAAGAAAUUAAUGUAUUCAAGAAAUUAAUAACCACACAUGCUUCAUUAGCAAAGGAAGUUGGAUUACGUUGUGUCCAAGAAAAAAUUAAUGCACCUUAUCCUGAUCCAAUCACAGAAGCACAAGCACCAAUGUAAGUUUGAUUUUUUGUGUCUUGCUUUAAUCUUAUUUUGAUGAAUAGAGUAACAUGAAAUGAGCUCAAUUUAUCAAUGUUUUUCUAUACAUUUGUACUCUCAACAGUGGCUGACAUUUUUUGCACGGUUAUUGUGACUCCUGAUCCCUAGUGAUGGGAAUUUCCUGGGUGUGAUUAAAAACAUUUAAAAUUAAGUGACUGGUUAACUUGUUUUUAAAAAAUUCGUGCUCAUGUGUUCAGGAACAUUGUUGCGAUUGGAACGCUAUCAGAUACAACGUACUCAAGAACACAUUAUCGGUGUCCAUGACAACGUUCGAAACAAUACAGCUAGUACUUUGUAAUUUAUUUACGUUCAUAGUUCGAAGAAAAGGUGGUCAGUCAAGGGAUAUCUACGUUUUGUAUUACUUUUCAGGAAUCAGUAAUGUUAUGCCUCAAAGGGACUGCCGAUUAUAUGACAGUGACUUAUCGAUCGGAUCAAUUGACCUAUCUGCACAUUUAAUCGAUAAGUAAAUUACAAAAUUUGAGUUUUGGGGAUCUAUCGUCCCCAACAAGUAAUCAAUAUUUAUUAUUUUAAAGCCGAUCAUUUUGUUGGACAAAAUGGGAUAAAAAAAUUUAUAUUAAAGAAAAAUACAAAAAUAACCGUGCGAUAAAUAGUAUUCCUCAAUGGUGUCAUUCUAUAGUAGGUAUUUCAGCGAGAUGUUCAUUCAUAUAGUUAAAUAGGGAGUUUUCAUUAAUAAUGGUAACCAAUGUGUCAGUAAAAUGUUUGUAGUGAACUUCAGCGUACAUCCAUCAGAAUAAAACUUGUAUUUAGACUGGAAGAUAGUUUUAGAAGAAUACGUAUUAUGACUGUAUACUACGUAGUUUAUAUUCUGAUUUCGCUUUUUAACACUAGAAAAAUGAUAUUGCCGUACUAAUUACUUUUAAGAGAGCAGGUAAUCUACCGAGUAAUGAGUAGUCUUUACAACAUUUUCUUCCUGAAGGUAAAGUCUGUCUUGUAGAUAUAGAUUCGAAAGUUGCUACUUUUUUAAAAGAGAAAGGCAUUUUAUCUACUGAAUGAACAUUUUAAGUUUUAAUAAUAAAAUAAUGGUAUAUUCGUGAUAUUUUAGUGGCUGGUACUGUGUCAAGCUCACACAGGUUAUUCUAGCAUCUGGACGACAGACCAAUUUAUUCAUUCUUCUCAAGCCACAUUUUAACCUGAUUACUUAUUAUUUCUGUUUUUAUAUGAUCGCAUGUGUGUUAAUUGCUCACCCUAUUCAUUACGUGUUUCCAACUUAUUUUUGGUCUGAAUAUAAAUAUUGAGUCAAGCUUGAUCAAAACGAGUCGGCUCAUUCGCCAUCUCCACUGCGCGCCACUCUGUUUCUCUGAUUGUCUCUUCAAAUCAUUUUUUGUUUUGUUUGAACACAUAAAUAUUGGUACA